CAUAUAAAUUUGGUCAAACUUGAGAUACUUUGACUCUCUAAAAUUCUUAGAAUGACUUAUAAUUUGGAAUGGAUGGGUAAUAAAGAUCAAGGAUGCGAGCGCCAGACCAGGUGAUCCAUCCCAGCUACCAGCUCCGAUCCGCACAAUCAAGAGAGCACAGAAAUUAAAAGUGUCUGUACCAGCUGGCUCUCCCUCUUCCUCUUCCAACCUGCUGCAGCUAGCUAGUGCUAGCCUCGCGCAGGAACUGGUCUAUAGCUCGGCGAAGAGAUGAAGGACAUACUGGGGAGCCCAGGGACGUGGAGCGGCUUGGCGCUGCGGGUGUCGCAGUUCGUGUGCGCCGCCGCCUCUCUGGCAGCCAUGGCCUCCGCUUUCGGCUUCACAAACUACUCCGCUUUCUGCUUCAUGGCUUUAUCAAUGAGCCUGCAGCUUAUUUGGAGUUUCAUCCUUGCUUGUAUUGAUAUUCAUUCUUUGAAGACUAACUGGGAUCUUCACAACACUCGGCAUGUAUGGAAGUACCUCAUCGGUGAUUGGGUAUUGGGGAUUGCCUCGAUGGCAGCAGCUUCUUCCUCAGCUGGCGUGGCCAUCCUUCUCGUGAGAGAUUCCCAAUUCUGCAGGGUGCACGAUUACCAGUAUCUUUCAUGCAGUCGAUAUGAAGUUUCAGUCAUCCUAGCUUUCAUGGCAUGGUCAUUCAUAGCUGCAUCUGCUGGUUCCACGUUUUGGCUGCUCGUCUCACUUGUCGAGUGACUUAUAUGUAUUUUUUCUAAUAUGAGCUUUUCUUUUUUUUAAUAUAAUCGGCAACUUUUCCGCUGAUUUCAUUUCAAAAGAAAUAUACAGGAGGUAGUCCCUACUGGUUAUAAUAUAGUAUGAAAGAUAAAUUGAAGUGUCCUGUUGUGACUCUGCUUGUGCUUGAGGCAUUUAAUUAACUUUCAAUGGGGGUGGAAGCUUGUGAAUCUAAGCCGAUGGCUCUGAAUGCAUAAAUCCAGGCUUCCA